GGAGGCUUGACUUCUCUCUCCAGAGGCUGCAGAAACACACGUCAAAACAUGGUCAUGUUGCAGAGGUGCGUUUUAAACAGAAUUUUCCAAAAGUUUUAUUCAGGAAAUCAAGAAAGACCUCCAAGUUUGCUGUCAGCUGGGUUGCUGCUGGGUGGACACAGAGCUGCUGGGCACAGGAGCAAAUCAAGUGUUCCAGAUGUAAGGGAGCGGACUCUUAUUGCUGUAAAGCCUGAUGGAGUUCAGCGCCGUCUUGUGGGACAAGUCAUUCAGCGGUUUGAGCAGCGGGGCUUCAAACUGGUCGGCCUUAAAAUGUUGCAGGUGCCUGAGGAUCUCCUGUCUCAGCACUACUCUCAACUGAGGACUAAGCCCUUCUAUCCCCGGCUGCUGCAGUACAUGACCUCAGGGCCGGUGGUUGUCAUGGUGUGGGAAGGGCACAAAGUUGUCCAGGCGACACGAACAAUGGUGGGACAUACUAACCCAGCUGAGGCCCAGGCAGGCACCGUCAGAGGAGAUUUCAGCUAUCAUGUCAGCAGGAAUGUGGUCCAUGCCAGUGAUUCCCUGGAGGCGGCGCAGAGAGAGAUCCAGCUGUGGUUCCAGAAAAAGGAGCUGCUGAACUGGGACUGCAUUGACCAGACCAUCACCUGUGAGGUGUGAGGGUGCUGAGAGUUGGGCACAGUGGGAAUGAAUAAUAAUACCUCUUCUCUUGCUGCUUAAAGGUCUGUCUAUUGUGGCAGUGUGACGACACCGCAGUUAUUUAAACAGAUGAGGCAGUGUUCCUACCAAAUAAUUUACCUCAGUAAGUGUACUUACUCACAGUCAGAGAGAUUUUUGUUGAAACACAUGUGACUUGAGUUUUUUUUUUUAAUUGUGUAAAUCAUGCUACAUUAGCAACAACGCACAUAUAAAUGUAUAGCUGUUACACCUUUAACUGAACAGCCAUAACAGGAAAAGUUUGGCCUCAGGGUGAGAUUUGUGAAGAGAUCAUUUGUGAUUUAGAUACAGUAAUUCUGCAGGGUGGAGCCAUAGUGGAUUCAUUUAAAGAAAUAAUUCACCCACAAAAUUAUUUUGUAUAUCAUUUACUCACCCCGUGUUACAUUGAAUACAUGAAGAAACCUUUUUUUCUUGCCUCCAAGGUGAACGAAGAAUCCAAAAGAACUGAAAAAAUGUAUGAUGAAUUGAAGUAAAACUAUAUAAAACCAUCCAUUUACAAACUCUCAAACAACUCAUGCAGAUAAAGAUAUCACAAAUAAAAUUUUGCAAAAAUAUGUACUAACUGUAAAGCAAUAAUGAUAAAUAAGUGAAAUACACUUUAUUUGUUUAAUAAAUGAUAUGUAGUAGUGUUGUUUUGGGAGCAGCCUAAUAAGCACACUAAAAACCUUUAUUAGGAGUGUUUACUUAAAGCUACAGUAUGUCCUCAAAUAGCCUACUUUGAGUGUAAUUAUUCUACUUUACUUAAAUUGUAAUCAUGUAAAUUUGUGUGACUAAGAUUUUUAAAUAAUCCUCCUGCCCCCGUUUAAAAGAAAAAAUAAAUAAAAUAAGAGCGUGACUAGUUUCAGGUUCCCACCUCUCUUAGGAAUUGUCUAAAAUUGGACGAGUUGUUUAUAUUUUAGCCAAAAUGUGCUGGUGCUAUCUGUGUCAAAGUGUACUAAAGUAACAUGAUUAUGGUAAUUUACCUCCAGCUGCUUUCACUGAACACUGAAUGAUUCCACUUUCGUGGAUGUUGACAUCCUGAAUGUCACUUUUUGGAUUCUUAACACAGCUCAAUAUCAACUAUAAAAUGACUUAUCUGUAAUUAUUAACAUAAUCUUUUCAAAUUGGUAUGUUUUGAUCAUAUAACUUGUCUUUGUCAUAAUACGGAAAAAAGUUUGGAGUAAGCUCAAAGAUGUGAUACAGAAACGAUAUAAAAAUACACAUAAUUCAUGUUGUAUUUCAGCCAGUAUAUUAUCAGCAAUGUGUCCUGUUUGUUUAAUGUGUUGCACAUUUUGUCAUAAUAUGCUCCAGAGCUGAAGUCACAAUAAAAAACACAGAAUCAGAAAA